UUCGGCUUCCGUCUUCUCCCGAUCCCACCUUUUCCAACAUUCCAGCCGAUCGAUUACUCUUGUCAGGUCGGGAUGCAUCAGUUCAGAAGGUACAACUAUAGCAACAACUGAGAAGCAAUGGAAGCAAGGUGAUGGAGCAGCAGCCAAGGGUGUUGAAACCAUCGACGAGUCCGGGAUGAGUGGAAUAUGGAGAGUUCCCACCAGACGGAAGGGGAACUUUUGCCUACGGAUGGACAAUCACCUCUGGGUGAAAGCGCCGAUGAUCUCUCAGAUAAGACAAGCAGCGGACUGAAUAAGAACCUCCUCCGAUGUCUUCUACUCUUGUUGCCGGUAGGAAUCCCGAUUGUAGUUUACCUGAAAGACAUUGAUGCCACCCGGAGAAUAUUCCUAGCGGCUUUCAUCCUGUUCUUGGUUAUCGUCUUGUCCUGCAUGUUAAUGGCGUUGCUCAGGUCGCGCAGGAGAUCUCUGGAAGAUUCUUCCUCCAACAGUGAAAUCGCUAGAGAGUUGGCGCAUCGGCACCUGAUGGCGGUCACCAACAGGUUCCUCCCCAGAGGAGCACCCCACGCCAGAUGCCACAGGCAACUGCACGAGACUGUCAUCGGGGAUCCCAGAAGGCCCCAGAGAGGGAGAUUGCCCAUACAUUAUCAGUUAGCCCCCACUUACAGCCGCUCGCCUUCGCCUCGUAGAGCGGGAAUAUCAUCGUGCAGGGCGCAAUUCGGACUCACCUCCCCAUCUCAUUGCAACACCAUCGACGUGCAGGGGAUACUGUUUAGAAGGGACGAUCCGCCACCCUACGAAGAAGCUCUUCGUUGCCCUUUGGCCAACGCGGAGUAUUACAGGGUUCAUACCUCAAGACAGGAGACGCCUCCGCCCUCUUACGAGAGAGCAGUUACUUAAAAAAAAGAAAAAGAGGACUCUUUACUUCAAGGACCACACAUUCACCAACACACACUUUCGACCAAAAAACCUAGAUAAAUAGAUGGUUUCUUCUUAGAGCCUUGGGCCAGUCAUGUAUUUUUAAAUGUAUUAUCAUAAAUUACAUAACUAGAAGUUAUUUUGUAGCUUUGUAAAAUGGUUUUUUCUCUCGUAAAGUUAAACGUUUAGAAAAUAGAAAAAAAAAAAAUUUUCGCCGUUUGGAAGAUGUUCAUUUGUGGAUAGAGUUGUGCCAAAAAAGGGACUCUUUUAAAUGUUAUUUUAUGAUGGGACACGUUCUCUAGGCGCACAGUAUGGAACAUUUCUAGAACUUUAGACCAAUAAAAGAAAAAAAAAUAACAUAACAUAAAACCUAGAUAUUUUUUAAUCAUAUUUAUUAUUCUUCUAUUGUUUUAUUCGCUUGAAUAUCCACACACAUUCGUGUUUAUAAGAGAAAAUAAUAAUAAUAAUAAAAAAAAUAUUGAGAAAUUAGAAAAGCCUCCAGUUUAAUUUAAUUAUCCACAUCCCGCACUAACAAUUAUCAUUUAAAAGGUGUCAGAUUGAUAAAUUUCAGCAGAAAUUGCCUUCUUUCGACCCGUUCGAUAGAGAUAAUAAUAUUAUAUGAUGAGUUUGGCUCUACACAAAUCGGCAUCUCUUGG